AUAUAUGACUAUAUUUUGACUUUUGAGCAAGAAAGAGAAUUGGUUUGGAAGGCCAGUUGGAGCCCGGGAAAGGUGCUCUUUUGCCUUUUACGUUACCUCGGCUCGAUCGACGUCGUUGGAUUCCUCUUCGUUGAAUAUGGACAUCCAGUAUCGAAUUUGUCUUGUAGCAUAGUCAUGUAUUGGCUUGUAUCUUCAGCUACAACGGUCAUUGGUUUUCUAUGCGCCGGCCUCAUCCUUGCAUUGCGUACUUGGGUAAUAUGGGACCGCGGCCGAAUAUGCGGGGCCAUUGUCGGAAUCGCGUGGUGUUCGGUGACGGUUGUCGUCCUGACUUUCAUGGUGUAUAGCAUGAUUGGGCUGCUGCCAGAUGGAAACGCCGCGUUCCCAUCUCUACCUGGUUGUGGGGCCACGAACACGCCAUCCACCGCCUCUGCCGCCCUAAAGGCAUAUAUUUGCUUGGCUGUAUACGAAGGCUGUGAGUAUCCCAUUCCUAGGCGUUUUGAUAAUUGA